CUCUGUACCCGUAAUCUCUCCCACCUAGAGAACACUGUUGUGCACUGUUUCAUAUUUAUAUCGCCUUCUGAUACGUUUAUUCGACUCUCAGAGCUUUAAAUGAUGGUAUUACAAGAUUUUGAAAUCCAUCAUUCUUCGCACUCAAUUUAGAGUAGCCCGGUCAAUCUUUGGACCCCUAGGCCCAACUGUUAAGGUUAGCUGGAGACAUGUUAUUAAAGGGCCGUGUGAGCUUCCAGAGCUUGAAGCACUUCUCUACAUCUCACAGCACACUACAAUUCCAGUUCCUCGAGUUCAGUGUACAUACAUGGGACCAGGGGGCAUAUAUAUUAUGAUGGAUUACAUUCAAGGCGCAGAUCUGUAAACUCUGUGGAUGCACGGCCUGAAGCCCAAGGAAAAGGAAACCAUUAUGGAUGAUAUUGCAGCUAUUUUGACUCAGCUUCGAACACUUCAUCCCCCCAAAGAAGACAUAGUUGCAUCUGCGCAGGGUAGUGCCUUUCUUGAUUAUUUACCGUAUUGGAAGUCAACUCAUCGGCCCAUUUCAGUCACAUUCUGACUUCCACUCUUCUUCACAGGGUGGCGUUCCACACAUCUAAGGUUUUUCGUCAAUGUCAUAGCAACAAUUAUUGGACAGUCUUCUCACAUUCAGAUUUAGUCCCAUGGAAUAUUAUCAUUUACAAUGACAGAAUUGUGGGAGUUAUUGACUGGGCACUUGCAGGCUGGUACCCAAAGUAUUGGGAUCUAACAAAGGCAUAUUACACUUCAUUAAAGGUGCCAGACUAGCCUGAGAGCAUCAAACUUAAUGAACUUGUGGCAGAAUGCUUUCUUUGGAGGCUCUAUGAUGAGCCGGGAAAUGUUUCACGCAACUAGUUUGUUUCUUUAUAAACACAGAGUGGAUAUGGCAUUCCAAACCCAAUGGCGACACCUUUCUUCUGAUUCCUUACCCAGCAGAGCAACACCUCUGAGAAUGUUUUCGAUGUCAUUUUCUGUCAUUUGUGGAGGGUCAUUUGUGGAGAAGCUUUUCCAAUCAUGGCCCGACCGAUUAGGCGCCACUGUCCAAUGGAUUCAUAUUGCUCUUUCUCCGGAAGAACCAGCUUCUUUUCAAGUUCAGGUCUUGUCCAGUUUCGCUAUCCAAUCGAACACCAUCCAAACCAUAAUAUGCCAUGUUGUUGCGGCCGUUGGGCCUCUUAGGUGCUAACAAAACCCCUCAGUGGCAUGCACUAUACAUCUUGCAUAUUCCCUUUUGAAGGGACAUUCAUCUCGGUAGUGGACGGAGAUAAA